AUGGCUGACAAAUGUACAAGUGAAAUGAGGAAGAUGCCAGGAGGUUUUCAGUUCAUCUCAAUUCAAGCCAAUGGGCAGGUAAAGGAUCGGGCGACGCGGCGUCGGGCGCGCUCCCACGCGGUCAAGACAGCCCUGGGAAAGCGACGCAAAGAGCAGCAACUUGCGAGGACGAACUUUAUUGUUAAGACUGUUGAAGACCCCCACCUUCACCUCAAGAUCGAUAAUUCAGCUGGGACAGCCAAGCCAUGUACCGUUCAUGAUGCCGGCCUUUCAGCUCCACUCCACUCUCCUGUCUCAGGUGCACUCGAUCCGUUCCAGACCUUGGCAGUGGACUCAUCGAGGCUGCAAGCAUUGUUAGAUGAUUACAGGGCCAGGCAAGCUCCCGAGCCGGUCUUCAGCGUGGCUGAGGAAUUGGCCUUCCAGAACUUCCGCUCGGUCUUUCGAACGGGCUUUCAUGAUCCUGCUCUGAUCAAUGCUGUGAUGUUGGCCUUCGCGUUCGCCGUCACCAGCGGCAAUCUGAACCCGGAAUGUCUGCGAUACCAAUCGCAGGCGGUCGCAUAUAUCCGCCAGCGGAUGGAUUCCGAGGACGAGGCUGCUUCGGAAGCGACUAUCGGGGCCAUAUUGCUUAUCGCAGGUGUGGCAGGCCGUCUUGGACAAACAACUCAGGUCGAGCUGCACAUGGGUGCAGUGCAGCAGCUGCUGAGCGUCUGCCAGAGAAAGAGUAUCCAUCUCACCGCUGGGAUCAAGCGAGCCAUAUUUUGGCAAGAUCUCAACUGCUCUCUCCUCGCUGGCUCUAAACGCAUAGUCAAUCACGCAACAUUUGCAACCCUCUUUUGGGCGCGGGACACAUUCGUACCAGACAAUUAUCGCCUCCCACUUGGAUUCGAGAGCCAACGCUACAUUCUCGAUCCAGAGUUUAGUGCGGUGCUUGAAGACCUUCACGCCCUGCAAUGCAUCCGCAACCUUCCUCGACCGCCGCACGCCGACGCGAUAGGCAUGCUUCAUAUCAACAACCACACCGCAUCAAUUCAGUCCCGACUAAUGAUCUUCUCGAGUCUCUCCCCGGUGCAGGAGUGUUGUCGUCUUGCGGCUUACUUAUGUUCCAUAACACUCUGUUGUAAGAUCUGGUGUGAGUUGGUACUUCCAUCCCAUAUCUCAUCCCAGCUCCUCUUCAAAGUGCAGGAAAUGUGCAAAGACGGCGCGACCGCAAUAAGAGACUGUUUUGAUCUGCUCGUCUGGCUACUCUAUAUCGGCGGUGCGUUUGCUCCGGUUGGACUGGCCCGCGAUAGGUAUUUAGAUUUGCUGCUGGCCAUUUGUCCGGACCUCUCUUGGCCGGAACUACAUGCGUAUUUAAGACGCUAUAUCUGGUCAGAUGAUGCCUUCUUGGUGCCUGUUAGCGCCCUAUGGCGGGAGGUUGUACAUUAUCCCUCACGGUAA